AGCAGAAUGCAAAUAUGAACGCUUGCCAAGAGAUUGUAUCGUCAACUACAAAGUUAUUGGAUGUCUCCAAGUAUAAUCUACGGUGUAAUCGUAAUAUCAGUGAGAAAAUGACGAAGAAAGACUUUAUUUACGACAUCCCAACACCGAUGCAAACCGUAAGAAAGUGUGAGACACAAAAACAACCGAUUAUCUUACUACGACGAAAAAAUAAUAUUGAUUCCAGAAUGCCGCAUUACACUGUAAUUUCUGAGAGGCAGAUAAACAAUGGUGGCAGUGGUGAUGCAACUGUUUUUCAUUAUUGUCACAUUUUCCAGGUUACCGAUCGACGUAUUUUAGGAUACUCGUGCAAUCUUUGCCAAGAACCGAUGGCUACUUUAUUUUCUCUGUCGACACACGUCAAAUUUCACUGCCAGAGAUACUGCAAGAUAUGCUACUGGAUUCUGCGUGAAAACGAGACGAUGGAAUGGCACAUCGACAAUUGUCAUUGA